GCUGUGGGAGUCUCCUUUAAAAAAUCUUGCCGCGUCACUGGGAUGCGGUCUCCGGAGCCGGGCACCUAGCAGCCUACCAUCCCCGCUCAUAUGCCCACCGCCGAGGCAGACCAGUCGCCAUUUCCUCCACACACCAAAGAUGACCACUCCAUCAAACCUUCCCCACGCAGCGCCACAACAAGAGCGCUUCCUGGUAUUGUUUGACUUUGACGAGACCAUCAUCAAUGAGAGCAGUGACGAUGCUGUGUUGCGUGCUCUGCCAGGCCAACGGCUCCCUGACUGGCUGAGAAACAGCUACAGGGAGGGGCACUACAACGAGCACAUGCAGAAGGUCUUGGUGUAUAUGGCGGAGCAGGGUGUGUCUAAGGACUCCAUCCAGUCAGCGGUGGAGAAUAUCCCACCCACACCUGGACUCCUUAGGCUCUUCCAGUAUCUGCAGAGCCACCAGCAGGACUUUGAGCUGGCGGUGGUCUCGGACGCCAACAUGUUCUUCAUCGAGACGUGGCUGGAGCGUGCUGGGGUGCGCCAGCUUUUCCGGAAGAUCUUUACAAACCCGGCCAGUUUUGAUGCAACUGGUCGUCUCGAGCUGCUCCCUUUCCACUCCCACUCAUGCUCCCGUUGUCCUGACAAUAUGUGCAAGCAGGUGAUCCUUCGGGAGUAUCUGGCAGGCAGGGAAAAGGAGCGUGGCGGUACUCCCUUCCAAAGGGUGUUCUAUAUUGGAGAUGGGGCCAAUGAUAUUUGUCCCUCUCUGGCUCUGGGGCCCCGGGACACAGCCUUCCCCAGGAGGGACUUCCCCAUGCACAGACUGCUGCUGGAGAUGCAGCAGUCCCAGGCAGCCAAGUUCAAGGCUAACAUAAUUCCUUGGGUCAGCGGCAAGGACAUAGUGGACUGCCUGAAGAAAAUAAUGGAGGAGAGAUGAGGUGUGCGUGUGUGUGUGUGUGUGUGUGUGUGUGUGUGUGUGUCUAUACUUGUACAUGCUACGAAGUGAGGACCAAAAAAUAUAUUUUAGCAACAGAGUGAGGACAUUUUUGCAAAGUGAGGACAUUUUGGCCGGUUCUCACUUUUUCAAAGGCCUGUUUGAGGAUUAAGACUUGGUUUCAGGGUUCAGGUUAGGCUUGGGUUUUGGUUAGGGUUCAGUUAGGUAUUUAGUUGUGAUGGUUAAGGUUAGGGUAAGGGCCUAGAGAAUGCAUUGUCACUGAGGGUCCUCACAAAGAUAGAAGUACAGGAUUUUAUGUGUGUGUGUCUGUGUGUUAAAGAGUGAGUGAUGAAGGGGGACAAAUACUGCAAAGGUGCACCAGCUCUAGUCCCGGUGAGCAACAGGAUAUGUGUGAUUUUAUCCCAGCUACACCAUUUGAAUCACCCGUUUUUAAAGGAAUAGUUCAUUUUUUUUGAAAAUGCACUUAAUUACUUUGUUAUGGAGGGUUAGAUUUAUUUAAAAAAAAUGUCUGCACAGUAAAUACAUAGCUGGUGUCAGCAGCCAGUUAGCUUAGCUUAACAUAAAGACCAAAAACUGGGGCAAACAGCUAACCUGACUCUGUCUAAAUGCAACAGAAUCUGACUGCAAGCGCUUUUAAAGCUGAAUAAUCAACAUGUUAUAUCUUACUGUGUGAAUCCAUACAAAAACAAACAGAAGACAAUUACUGUGUUAUGUGUGGAUUAUGUGCAGCACUUUUCUUGGGUGGGAGCAGUUGCAAGGUAACCAGCUGAGACUCCAGGAGUCACUGCACCUGGCUGAGAAAUAGUCCAGAACACAUGGUGCAUUCAUGUGGGGUUGGAAUAAUCAGUAAAAUGAGUUCCCAACAGGGAAAAGUCACUUGAACGUCCCCUCAAGUUGGAAAAACAACUCAGAAAGGCAGCAGAAAUGUUGGUACACAACUUUGAUGUUAUCACAUUUAAUUAGUAAUAUGGUUACACUUGUAACCAUUGCCCAAAAAGAGUGCAUCAGAUUAGUUAGAAAGGUUAUUUAUUAGCAUUAACCAUGAUAAAAGCAAAGCAAUAUUUAAGUGGUUUUAGGGAAUGCACUGGUGCAGCAAUAAGCUUCAAACUGUUUCAGCAUACUUGGAUUAAGUCCUCACUGAGACAUGAAACACUCUGAGCAAUAAAUACAACACAUCUUUGUAGCAUUCAUGCUGUUUUCACAUAACGACUAUCAAGCUCAAACAAACAGAAGUUGGAAAAACAACUUAACACAUUUGGGAAAUGGGACCAUACAGAGAGCUUAUGAAUGCAAGAAUAAUCCCACAUAAGAUGAUAAAUUGUGAUUCUUACACUUUGGUUUUUGUACAGAUUAAACAAGUGACACCUAAUAUGUUAAUUAGUGAGUCUUAGGGGAACAGAAAGGUGAAUAUUUACCUUUGGACUGAGCAAGGCUAGCUGUCUCUCUUGUUUUCAUCUAUCCAUUUUAAUCCACUUAUCUAGGGCCACAUCGCGGGGGCUGCAGACUGAGCAAGGUACUCCAGACUGCCCUCACCAAUGCUCUCUAGCUCCUCCUGGGGGUUUCUGAGGCAUUCCCAGGUCAGAUAACCCCCCUAGCAUGUUGCGGGUCUACCCCAUGACCUCUUACCAGUUGGAUGUCCCUGGAAAACCUCUUAUCGGAGGCACCCAGGAGGCAUCCUGAUCAGAGCACACCCACAGUCUGUAGCCAAGCCAUCCUACAGAGGAAACUCAUUUGGCCGCUUGUAUCCGGGAUUUCGUUCUUUUGGUCACCACCCAAAGCUCAGGACCACAGUUGAGGGUUGUAAUAUAGAUGCAGGGUCGGACUGGGAACAAAAUUCGGCCCUGGCAAAUUUUCUCUGGACCAGCCCCAUUGCUACCUGCUCUCCUCUUCUUGCCCUUGGCCUGUAGCGUUACUCUUCUGAUAUCAGCCUGCUACUGCUCAUCUGUCCACAUCACUCUUUCCUCCUCCUGCUCCUUAUUUGGUGCUGCAGCAGACUGUUGUAAUCGUCAUCACUGCUGCUAACGUUAAAAACACUUUGCAACAUCAGCCCAGAGCAUGUCUUUCUUUUUGUCUCUGACUUUUUCUGCUCCACCUUUUGUUUGUUUUUUUUGCUCCUUUAUCCAUUUAGUUUGUAUUUUCAUUCUACCUACUCCACUUGUUCUGUCUUGAUUUCAUUCAUUUCCCGUUUGACCUCUCCUGCUUUACCUGUGACAUCACAUGAUGGACCGCUCCAUUUGAAAGGGUGGGGGGAGGUGAUGAUGGCCACACCUGCCUUACAGUAUAAAUAGUCUACUGUCAGUUUUGGGACCGUGUAACCCCCAAUCAGAUGGGCCGUUCCAACAUCAGAUGGGCUGCAAUCGGCCAAUCUCUCUUUCAUUUUUUUCUCUACAGUUUUUUCUCCAACAUUGUUUGUGGUGGCCUUGCAACCCACAAGGUGGGCCUGAUUGCCCAUGGCCAGUCCAAGCCUGCAUAGGUGGACCAAUACACUGGGAGCUUUGCCUUCCAGCUUUUCACCAUGACCAUUCGACACAGUGCCCGCAUCAGUGCUAGCGCUGCGCCAAACCGCCUGUCCAUAUCACACUCCAUUUUGCCCUCACUUCUGAACAAAACCCUGAGAUGCUUGAACUCAUCCGUUUGGGUCAAGAACCCUCACCAACCCAGAGAGAGUAAUGCAUUGAUGCAAAGAACCGUGGCCUCAGACUUGGAGGUACUGAUUCUCAUUCCGACCACUUCACAUUCAGCUGAUGAAGUCAACAGAACCACAUCAUCUGCAUAGAGUGGAGAUGCAACUCUGAGGUCCCCAAACCUGUUUCAAUUCAGAUAAACAGUUGCAUAUUUAUCGUACAGACGAGAGAGCUUUAUUGGUCUUCUCGUCUAACUCUCAACAAGAAAGCAAAUAAGUGCAUUUCCCAUAAUGUCAAACUAUUCCUUUAAUGCAAGGCUGGUACUGGUAGACUGGUUUUAAGUGUGUAUGCAGUAUUAGAACUUGACUCCCGAUUGAAAGAGUCUGAAAUAAAUGAGCUCACUUGUCAAGAUUAUCAUGAUCAAUAAUGGAGAUAAACAGUACUGAUGAUGCUCUAAGGUCUAGUUUCGAGUUUGAUCAAAAUGCUAAGGAUCUUAUCCAAAGCUAUGUCUCGUGAGUGACCUGAAUCCAAUGCAGUCAGCUCAUUUAAAACACUAUCUCCUUCAAUAUGAAUGUAAUUUACUUUACAUUUGACUAUUUCACUGUAUCUGAUGUUUUUGAGCAAUCCUAGCUGUGAAACUGUUUGUCACAGGUACUGUAACAGUGUAUUUUAGCGACCAACAGCAUCAGCUAUUCCAUUCUUGAGGGCCUUUUGUGUUGACAGGCUUAUUUUUGAAAACCUCGACGAUGGACACAUAAGUAUAUCAGGUGUUGUAGCACUACCUGGGACAAAAGACCACACAUGUCGUGUCAGGCAGGGACAAGGACGGCACAGAGCAGGGAUAAGGUGACAGAGACUCAUACACUGUAACUGUGCUCUCGCCGCCACUCAUUACUGAUACCUAAUCUAGGGCUUGAUUAUACAAUGGUAAUCUACACCAGCAUGAGAUCCAAAGGGAACGCCGUAGCCAUACGCCUGCACUUUGGCCCAACAUUAUACCCUGUGACUCUGAAACAAUGAAACAAAGUGUAAUGCAAAGUACCAGUUGAGGAUUUUAAAUUAUAUUUGUGUAGUUAUUAGGUAGCACUUAAUGUACUUGUACCCUAUUAAAACUCCCAGUGAAUAUAAGUAUUAUUAAAAGGCUAUUUGUUUAGGUUGAAGAGGAUUAAUAGUCUCUGAAAAGCCUUCUUUGUGUUUGAAUGUAUUCCCCGUAAGCUACAGUGUUGUGAUGAUGAAGGUUUCAGCCUCUUCAGCAUAUUUUGCAUACUUAACUCAACAUGUAACCUCACUUUGCCUCACUUAAUCCAUGACAGGGACUGGAAUAUAUAUUGAAUUAUAUAGAUAAGGAGCACUUGUAUUCGUUAAGGUGGUUUACAAGGACAUUUUUAUUCUGUUUGAAUUCACGAAAUUGUGAAAUAUCUUGUUUAUUUUUCCAUCCUGUUUACAAAAAGCUGUUUAAAUUCAGAUUCUAAUGGGGCAUGUAUACUGUGCAUUUGUUUAUUUCUAGAGCCCGAUUAAGGUUCCCAUGUUAGCGUACACACAAGUUAACAGUCACUGAUAUCAGUCCUGUGUAGUAACUAGUAGGCCAGAGGUAGUAUUGAAUAAUUAAGGGUCUGUUUGCAUUCAUUUUUUUAUUCAGAUACUGAAUAUCUUUUCAAGCCAUUGCAGUUAACAAUAAGAAAGUUUGGGUGCUGAUAAAAAGCAGUAAAUCAGAUAAGUAAUAAGCUUGUUAAUUGUUGAAAUUCUUCUAGCCUUAAAAAACAACAUUAUACUCUACAAGUGCUGGAAAUUUCCUUUUCAGUGUUUUAGUUUCUCAGGGAGUAGAGAAGAAAGUGUUAAUAAGCAAACAUGUUUAUAAAAAUCUGUUUAUUUGUUGCUCUAAGAACAAAAGAUUAAUUUAUGAUUAAAAACGUAUAGAUGUUUUUGAGAGGUAAUUAAUGUAUCUGGACUCCUGAAAUUCUUUGAGAUCAAAUUCUAAUCCGCUAAUGCUUUGUGAUUAGGAGUCUAAAGUUCUGCGAGCUUUACUCCUUCUGAUGCUACAAGUAUUAGAAAUGUAACAGAGGAGAUUUUUAAUUUACUUUAACUGUCUGUGUACCUGUAAAACUUCCAUGGAGUUUUGUGCAAUAAUGAAAUGCUGUACACUUGAUAUGAUGUGAAUGAGAUUUAAGGUUAAACAGGAAGAAAAACUUGACAUUUUACAUUUUCAGGGAUGUGAAUCGACCCAGAUCACCAAACAUAGAGUUUUUUAAUGACAUUUUAAAAUGGUAUUAUGGUUUCUUAACCAAAUAAAACGAUGAGUUGUUGGGACUCUGACUGACGAAUAUGCUACUUUUUUUCCUUUUGUGGUUUGAUGUAUCUUGGGUGUGUGUGUGUUUUUGUGUGUUUUAAUUAAAACUCUCAUGUGUAA